CUCGCAACCGGGGAAGGGCGCACCCCCCUGGGUCCCCGGCAAACCACACCAGUGUGGCAGCGACGCCUCGCCGUCCUUAGCUUACUUAACCCGCGAUGGGACACCGCAUUCUCCAGACGAGACGACCUCAGUAGGCCGCCGGUCUGCCCUUCUUCAGAGAAGAAUUGCAAGGAGGCCGAGGCAACGUUCUCCCUCGCCGCCGUUAGUUGUUGCCAAGAAGAGAUCACAGGUGUGCUCGCCGCCGGCGGGAUUGCUGUUGGCUUGAGGUGAAGCUUCGAUGGGGCUCCACCUGCUGGCGUUCGUUGCGGCGAGGGGGCUGAUGCAGGUGUUCAACUUCUCGGCGCCGCACGGCCUCCGGCUGCCGCUGGCGCGCCACCUGCCCGAGGCCUGCGCCGCCCUGUACGGCCUCCUCGCCUCGCACGCCGCGUGGCUGCACCAGGCCCUGGAGCGCGCCGCCGUCCGGAGCGGCCGCCACAGCGGGAGGGGGGGAGUCGUCGACGACUACGUCCUCCACGCCAUGCUCAGCAUCUCCGACUGAGCUGCCGUACGUCGGCGUGGCAAUUGCCAAUUGCCCUUUGCUAGUAGUUCAGUUUAAAUUAGGUAGUCUCUCCCCCCUAGCUUGUCCAUCCAUCCGCUCGUUUCGUUUGUUGUUGUUGGUGGUGGUGCAGUUCAAAUUUGGCUGGCAUUGAAUGAGUUGGGGGUUUAUUGCUGUAACUCUGGUUGGUAAAUACUCGUACAAGAGUUUUUUUUUUCUGAAA